GAAAUCAAUAAUUUUAAAUUAUUGUAAUCAAGGUUUGAAAAUCAUUUAAUUAAUAUGGUGACAAACAAAACAAAAUGACUUCAAGUGAUCUUGCUCAAAAACCGUUUUACUGUCGGGAAUGGGUGUUUCAAAAAUUAUUACAUUGUUUUGAUCAAAGAAGCAACUGGAAAACAUGUGGAGCACUACUAGUAGGUGGUGCCGGUUGUGGGAAGACUGCAUUAUGCUGUGAAAUUGUUAAUCCGACUGGUAGACAACAACGUGCUUUAAACAGAAGGCUUUUAGCUUAUCAUUUUUGCCAAGCUCAAAAUAUUAACACAUUAUCAGUUACGCAUUUUAUUCAGAGUUUGGUUUCACAGUUAUCUGAUUCAUUGCCCAAAUCAUACAAAGAGAGAUUAAAAUCUGACCCAUUGAUACAAGAUUCUUUGUCUCCAAUCAACAUAGUAAAAGAUGCUGAUGAUGCAUUUAAGAAAGCUGUUGUAUUUCCUUUACUAGAUCUUGAGUUACCAAAACAUACCAUGUUUCUUUUAGUCGAUUCAGUCGAUGAAGGACUACAUACAAAUGAUAGAUCUGAUCCAAAAUUGAAAAAUAACUCAAGUAAAACUAUAACAGAGCUAUUAGCUACGCACCAUCAUUUAUUUCCACAGUGGUUGAUGCUUAUUUGUACAACUCGAAGACAAAAUAAAAAUGUUGCUCGUAUGUUCUCCGGAUUUAGGAAAAUUUGCAUUGAUGACCUUCGUAAAUCACAAGUUGUCAGAGAUAUUCAACAGUACAUUUUGAGCCGUCUGGAAUCUGAAGAAUCAUUACGUCAGCAUAUGAGUAGAGAUACAGCUGAAAUGUUGAAUCAGUUACAUAUCAAAAGUAAUGGUUGCUUUCUAUAUUUGGAAAGAGUAUUAGAUGGAAUAUCUGAUGGUUGUGUAGUGCUGAGGGAAAUUAAAGACAUUCCUGGAACACUAAAUGGAUUGUAUUUAUGGUUUUGUCAGAGGCUUUUGAGUUCAAAACAUUUUUCAAAAGUUCGUCCAUUAUUAAAUGUUAUCUUAGCAUCUCCUGAACCUAUAUCAGAAGAAGAAUUAAGUAAUAUUAUACAUAAUGCUUAUCGAUACAUGUCUGCUGAAGAAUUUCACAAACGAUUUAAUUUAUUGAGAAGAAUAUUUUCUUUACCGAGAGAUUCAAAAAUAAUACAAUUUCACCACAGUUUUGGUGAAUGGUUCCUUGAUGUUAAACAUUGUACUAGAAGGUUUUUGUGCUCUGCUAAUGAAGGACAUGCUAUGAUUGCUAUGCAUUAUACAAUGAGAUGUUCAAAACCUCUAACAUAUGAAGACACUCAUAUAUUGGCUUUCCAUUUAUCAAGAAUAAAUCCAUUACCAGUUUGGACAAAUUUUUCUGAUUCAAAUUUAUUGCCAUUAUUAUGGCUGAUCGAUUGUGGAGCUCCAAUUUCUGACAGUAUGACUAUUCCUUGUUAUGAUAGAAGAGCUAUUAAUUUUUUGGAAGAGGCAAAUAAUUGUUUUCAAUCAGAUAUUGAUUUGAAAUCUGAUAAGUUUGAUAUAAAUUCUGUCUUGUCGCCCAAAAUUGAAAAAAGUACAGUACUUAAUUCAAGUACUAUAUUACCAUCAAAUUUAUAUGAAGUAGAUAUUAAUGGUAGAAACACUUUACAUUUGCUUGCAAUGGAUGGCAAUUUAACUGUUCUUCAUGAUAUUUUAAAAACUCAUCCAGAUAUAAAUUUAGAACUAAAUGACAACAAUGGGCAGACACCACUUAAUAUAGCUGCACGUCAUGGUUAUCUUGAAAUUGUAGAGCUCCUAUUAAAGUACAAUUGUAAAGUGGAUCAUGCGGAUAUUGAAGGAUGGACUGCUUUGAGAGCUGCAGCUUGGGGAGGUCAUUCACAAGUGGUAGAAUUAUUACUUAAACAUAAAGCUGAUGUUGAAUGCUCAGAUUGCGAAGGUCGUGGAGCAUUACGCGCAGCAGCUUGGGGAGGUCAUGGUGAAGUUGUUGUGAAACUGCUAGAAGCUGGAGCAAAUCCCAAUACUACCGAUGGCGAUGGUAGAACUCCUUUAAUUGCUGCUGCAUAUAUGGGUCAUGCACAUAUUGUUAGUAGAUUGUUAGAUAAUGGAGCAAAUAUCAACCAUCAAGAUAGUGAUGGCCGUACAGCCUUAAGUGUAGCGGCUUUAUGUGCACCUACUAAUGGAGGAUAUGCUAAAGUUGUUACAUUAUUGUUGGAAUCUGGGGCAUUUGUUGAUCAUGAAGAUAAAGACGGAAUGACUCCUUUACUUGUUGCUGCAUUUGAAGGCCAUAGAGAUGUUUGUGAAAUUCUAUUAGAGGCAGAGGCUGAUGUGGAUCAUUGUGAUAAGUUAGGCAGAACACCCUUAUGGGCUGCUGCAUCAAUGGGACAUCCUGCAUGUGUUUCUCUCUUAUUAUUUUGGGGUUGUUAUGUGGAUAGCAUUGACAAUGAAGGGCGUACAGUACUCAGUGUGUCUGCAGCUCAAGGAAAUAAUGUUGUAGUAUCUCAGUUACUCGAUAGAGGUCUCGAUGAACAACAUAGAGACAACUCUGGUUGGACGCCCUUGCAUUAUGCUGCUUUUGAAGGCCAUCUAGUUGUUUGCAGAACAUUAUUAGAGAGCGGAGCAAAGAUAGAUCAAACCGAUAAUGAUGGUAAACCACCAUUAAUGUUAGCUGCUGAAGAAGGGCAUUCAGAUUUAGUCAGAGAAUUUUUAAAAAAUUAUGGUGCUCCUUCUGAUCAAAAAGCUCAUGAUGGUAGAACUGCAAUAAGAUUAGCUGCAUUAGAAGGUCAUAUUGAAGUAGUAAGAAGUCUUGUGGAACAUGGAGCUGAUGUAAAUAAAAAAGAUGCUGAUGGUCGAAGUACUCUUUAUGUUCUAGCUCUUGAAAACCAUUUAGCAAUGGCUAAGUUUUUUAUUGAUCCAGGUGGUGCAGAUGUUGAAAGUACAGAUUAUGAGGGCCGUACUGCAUUGCAUGUUAGCUGUUGGCAAGGUCACUGUGAAAUGGUAUCAUUAUUGUUAAAACUUGGAAAAGCUAAUUUAAAUGCAACUGAUAAUGAAAAUAGAACUCCACUACAUUUGGCUGCUUGGCAAGGUCAUUCUGUUAUUGUUCGAAUGUUGAUCGAACAUGGCGCUAGUGUAAAUCAUGCAUGUAACCAAGGAGCAACAGCAUUAGGUAUUGCAUCUCAAGAAGGUAAUGAAACGUGUGUUCGAUUGUUAUUAAUGCAAGGUGCAAAUCCAUUGGUAUCAGAUCAUUGCGGCCGGAAUGCAAUAAAAAUUGCUGCCAAAAGUGGUCAUGACAAUAUUGUUAAGCUUCUUGAACAAUUUUGUCCCAUAAAAACUGAAAGUAAUGGAUUUAAUACAGCUAAUACGUCUUGUGGCUCAGGUUCAACUACUGAAACUAAACCAUCUUCUGCAAUAUUAGUUAAUCCAUUAUUAUCUAGUAACAAUCAUGCUCCUAUACAUGACUCAUCACCUAUUGAAUCUCCAGAUUCAACAGCUAAGCGAACAUCAUUUGUUUCUAAUUAUAGCAAAUCCAGUUCUAAUUUAACUGACAGUACCAAAAGUUCUCACCAAGAUUUACCGACCCAAUUGACACCAUUGACAUUUACUCAAAAACUACAGCAGUGUAGUCGCCGUGUAAAGUCAAGACCUACAUCUAAAGUUCUUAGUCCAUUGCAGAGUCCUAUUUAUGCAACACCGCCUCAUAGUCCUAAUAUAGAAGAACCAUCAGCUCCAAGUAUUCAAGUGUUAACGGAUGAUCAUUUUUCACGUGAUACUCAUAUGCGAAUCAUUCUUGGAAAUAAAGCAGUGUUAAAGAAAUCUACAUCUGAUUCAAACAAUAGCAAAAAUGUGGGAAAUCUCAAGCAAAAACGUAAUGGCAUUGUCACUAAUCCAGCAUUAAGAAUAAUGCCAGCUAUUCGUAGUGGUUUAGAAAUGGCUGCCGGACGUAAGAAUAAAACAGCUCAUUUACCCACAGAUAGUUUUAAAUGGCGAAAAGAGACGCCUUUGUAAAUAUAUUAAUUAUUCAAAGUGAGUUUAUAUUAUAGAGUAUUUAUUAAUGUUGUAAAAAAUUCUGUUUUAAAAAUGUUGCCAUUUUGUUUUAAUUUUCAAAGUAUGGAUUUAUAGACUAACCCAAAAAUUAAGUAAAUAAUUGAAAAUUACGAAUAUUCUAUUAUUAAAUGUAUUAAGUAAUAAUUUAUGCUUCAAAUUUAUAGAACUCGUAUCUACUUUUUAUAUUAUCAAGUUGAUUUAAUUUUUGAUAAAAUAUAUUUUUAUAACUUUUUUUGUGCUCUCAAAAAUUGAUUGCUGAUUAAAUAGUUAUUAUGUUUAUACUUUAAAUGUGAUGUGUAUUAAGAACUAAGUAUUUGUCUUAAUUAAUCUAUUUUAGAUGCAAUUAUAAUUUAGAAUCGUACAGAGGUUACAUGGGAAAGGAAAAAAGGACUAAUUAAUUUGUAUUUAGUUUUAAUGUGUGAUUAAUUUAUGAGUAGUUAAACUGAUUUUGUAGUGCAAUAUGAUGUUAGUACAUAAAUAUUUACUUAUUUAGCAUUUGUAAACUCAUGAUUCUCACAUUGUUAAGACUUUUUUUUUUAUUGAAGAUGGUACGAUUCUGUAAUGUCAACUAUCAAAUCAAGUCUAAAUAUCAUAUUAUACACCCUUACAUACAUACUCUCACGCUUAUAGUAUAUAUGUGGAUAUAAAAUA